CCGCACAGCGCCCGGCUCGGGGUUCCGGAGGCAGCACCUGGGCCGCGGCUGGCGUCCGGCUGGGGCAGCGCAGCCCGCGCCCCUCGGCGAUGACCUCGGCUGGCGCUCCGGGAGCCCUGCCCGCGGGGACUCCUGAGAGCAGCCUCCACGAGGCCCUGGACCAGUGCAUGACCGCCCUGGACCUUUUCCUCACCAACCAGUUCUCAGAAGCACUCAGCUACCUCAAACCCAGAACCAAGGAAAGCAUGUACCACUCACUGACGUAUGCCACCAUCCUGGAGAUGCAGGCCAUGAUGACCUUUGACCCUCAGGACAUCCUGCUCGCCGGCAACAUGAUGAAGGAGGCACAGAUGCUGUGUCAGAGGCACCGGAGGAAGUCUUCUGUAACAGAUUCCUUCAGCAGCCUGGUGAACCGCCCCACGCUGGGCCAAUUCACUGAAGAGGAAAUCCACGCUGAGGUCUGCUAUGCAGAGUGCCUGUUGCAGCGAGCAGCCCUGACCUUCCUGCAGGACGAGAACAUGGUGAGCUUCAUCAAAGGUGGCAUCAAAGUUCGAAACAGCUACCAGACUUACAAGGAGCUGGACAGCCUUGUCCAGUCCUCACAAUAUUGCAAGGGUGAGAACCACCCGCACUUUGAAGGAGGAGUGAAGCUCGGUGUGGGGGCCUUCAACCUGACAUUGUCCAUGCUUCCUACUAGGAUCCUGAGGCUGCUGGAGUUCGUGGGGUUUUCAGGAAACAAGGACUACGGGCUGCUGCAGCUGGAGGAGGGCGCGUCAGGACACAGCUUCCGCGCUGUGCUGUGUGUCAUGCUCCUGCUGUGCUACCACACCUUCCUCACCUUCGUGCUCGGUACUGGGAACGUCAACAUCGAGGAGGCCGAGAAGCUCUUGAAGCCCUACCUUAACCGGUACCCUAAGGGCGCCAUCUUCCUGUUCUUCGCAGGGCGGAUUGAAGUCAUUAAAGGCAACAUUGAUGCAGCCAUCCGGCGUUUCGAGGAGUGCUGUGAGGCCCAGCAGCACUGGAAGCAGUUCCACCACAUGUGCUACUGGGAGCUGAUGUGGUGCUUCACCUACAAGGGCCAGUGGAAGAUGUCCUACUUCUAUGCCGACCUGCUCAGCAAGGAGAACUCCUGGUCCAAGGCCACCUACAUUUACAUGAAGGCCGCCUACCUCAGCAUGUUUGGUAAGGAGGAGUACAAGCCAUUCGGGGACGACGAAGUGGAAUUAUUUAGAGCUGUGCCAGGCCUGAAGCUCAAGAUUGCUGGGAAAUCUCUACCCACAGAGAAGUUUGCCAUCCGGAAGUCCCGGCGCUACCUCUCCUCCAAACCUGUCUCGCUGCCAGUGCCUGCUCUGGAAAUGAUGUACAUCUGGAACGGCUACGCUGUGAUUGGGAAGCAGCCGACACUCACGGAUGGGAUGCUUGAGAUCAUCACCAAGGCGGAAGAGAUGCUGGAGAAAGGCCCAGAGAACGAGUACUCAGUGGAUGACGAGUGCUUGGUGAAAUUGUUGAAAGGCCUGUGUCUGAAAUACCUGGGCCGUGUGCGGGAGGCCGAGGAGAAUUUUAGGAGCAUCUCUGCCAAUGAAAAGAAGAUUAAAUAUGACCACUACUUGAUCCCAAACGCCCUGCUGGAGCUGGCCCUGCUGUUUAUGGAGCAAGGCAGAAACGAAGAGGCCAUCAAACUCUUAGAAUCUGCCAAGCAAAACUACAAGAAUUACUCCAUGGAGUCAAGGACACACUUUCGAAUCCAGGCAGCCACACUCCAAGCCAAGUCUUCCCUAGAGAACAGGAGCAGAUCCAUGGUCUCAUCAGUGUCCUUGUAGCUUUGUGCAGCAGUUCUGGGCUGGAAGACAAACAGACAGCUGGACAGAGCUCCUGGAAAUGUUUCAAAAGAUCCCCUCCCCCUAGCCUGCCCUGCCCUGCCUUUGGGGUCCACCAGCGCUCCAGUUGGAUGGCACGACAUGGGUAUCCAUGCAGAAGCCAAGCUGGCAUUUUCACCAGUGUGGCCAAGGGCCUUUGCCAAGGGCAGAGCAGGUGGAGCCCUCUGCCUGCCUAUCACACAUACGGGUACUUGCUUUUCACUGUGAUGUUUAAGAGAAUGUAUGAACGGUUUACAUUUUCCUUAGAAAUACAUUGAUGGGAUCACAGUUGGCUUUAAAAACCAACAACCACCCACCACCUGUAAGUCUUUGUCUUCACCUAUUAUCAUCUGGAGGUAAAUCUCUUUAUAUGAUGAGGCCAAAGGGCAAAUUGCUUUUCCAAUUCAGCCAGUUCUCAGCUUGUGUGACUGAAGGGCCUUCAGAGGACCUGAGGAGUGCCUGGGAGAGGCCGAGCCUCAGGCUUCAAUGCUUCUGGGGUUGGGCACGAGGGUGCACACAGACGUCCACCACCUUACUACUCACACGUCAUUUCACUCCUUUUGUAAAUUUCCAGUUUAAAAAUCAAGCAUGUCUUUUUAGUGAGAUAAAAUCUGAGCUCUUGUGUAGAAAAAUCCAUCUCCGCCAGUAGGAAAUGCCAUGGCUUGAUGGAAGAGCUGUGUGGCCCUUUCUUUGCCAAAGCCAGGAAUUUUGGGGGGCAGGAGGAGGUUCUCAGAAUCCAGUCUGUAUCUUUGCUGUAUGCCAAACUGAAACCACUGGGAAUAAUUUAUGAAAGAUAAAAAUCUUCUGUACUUCACUCCAAGGUACAUUUACUUACUGACAGCAUUUUUCUUAGAACUGUUAUUCUUGA